GUUGAUGUGCUCUCCAUGGAAUGGGUCAAUAAGACUGUGGUGAGAGAGUUUGUCUUCCUCGGCUUCUCCUCUCUGGCUGGGCUGCAGCAGCUGCUCUUUCUUGUCUUCCUGGUCGUCUACCUGUUCACUCUGGGCACCAACGCCAUCAUCAUUUCCACCAUCGUGCUGGACAGAGCCCUCCACACCCCCAUGUACUUCUUCCUUGCUGUCCUCUCCUGCUCUGAGACUUGCUACACCUUCGUCAUUGUACCCAAGAUGCUGGUCGACCUGCUGGCCCAGAAGAAGACCAUCUCCUUCCUGGGCUGUGCCAUCCAGAUGUUUACCUUCCUCUUUCUCGGCUGCUCUCACUCCUUCCUGCUGGCGGCCAUGGGUUAUGAUCGCUAUGUGGCCAUUUGCAAUCCACUGCGCUACACAAUGCUCAUGGGGCCCGGGGUGUGUGUGGGCCUAGUGGCUGCUGCCUGUGCCUGUGGCUUCACUGUUGCACAGAUCAUCACCACCUUGAUAUUUCACUUGCCCUUCUACUCCUCCAACCAGCUCCACCACUUCUUCUGUGACAUCUCCCCUGUCCUCAAGCUGGCAUCUAACCAUAAUCAUUUUAGUCAGAUAGUUAUCUUCAUGCUCUGUGCAUUGGUCCUGAUUAUUCCUCUGUUGUUGAUCUUGGUAUCCUACAUUCACAUUAUCUCUGCCAUUCUCCAAUUCCCUUCCACAUUGGGCAGGUGCAAAGCUUUCUCCACCUGUGCUUCUCACCUCAUUGUCGUCACUGUCCAUUAUGGUUGUGCUUCCUUUAUCUACUUAAGGCCUAAGUCCAACUACUCCGUGAACCAGGAUGCUCUAAUAUCAGUAUCCUACACCAUCUUAACUCCGUUGUUCAACCCAAUGAUUUAUAGCCUGAGAAACAAAGAAUUCAAAUCUGCUCUUCAUAGGGUUGUAGGAAGAACAAUUUCCCUGCCAUGUUAAUCAGGGCUGUGCUUUUCCAAACAAUGAAACACUAGGUUUGUAGGGGAAAAUUCCCAGAACAAAAAUGAUCAAGCAUCAAACAUUGUGUUCAGGAACAGAGAUUGUUUUUUAUUCAUCUACAUGUAUAAAAUGCAGAAAAACAUAAUUUCUUGCCAUAAUCACAUGAAUUGCUGCUUGUUGAGGUUUUUAGUUUUUGUGUUUUGUUUUGUUUUUCUGUUGCAUGAAAAAUAAUGGAUGGCAAAAUUAUAGGAAAGCAUACAUGUGUUAAGAAUUCUAGACUCUGGAAAAUACUAUCACCUAAUCUCAGCCAGAUUAGAAACUAACCCUGAGAAAUAUGGUGCAACUGUAACUCUGACUUACAGGAACCCAGCAAGUUCCCAUUUCUAGACUGCUAUGUUUGUUUUUCCCCCAAAUCUCCAUCUUUCAAUAUAGUCAGACCACAAUUUUUAAAUGAGAUAAUGUUUAUAAAGUACUUAUUACAUUGUUUGGUACAUAAGAUACUUCCAAUUAAUAGU